UUGAAUCACUAGUAUGCCCCAGACUGAACAGGAAAAGGGACUUAGUUUCUAACAUCAGUUCUGCUUGAGAGGCACCUGCGACAGAAGCGUGUAAAAUCACAAACAGCUGUCCCUCCGCAUCAGCACAACCAGCGUUGCUUGUUUAAAAAGCAGGAACCAGGAAUCUGCAUUUUCCAGUUAGACCAACACAGCUGCCAAAGACCCUUCCAGCUAGCGGGAUUCCAGGAUCCUUCCUGUUUCUGCGUGGCCAGCUUGUUUCCGGCCGCCGCUUAACGUCAUCAGGGAGCACCGGAAGCGCGCUAAUGCUGCCUAGGAGACAGGACGCGAAGGCCCUAGGCUGAUAUAGCCUGGCUGGGCGCGCCCACCCGGUCGCCAUGGAGCUGCCUCCAGGGCCGUGUGAUGAUCCCCGCUCCUGGGACGAUGAUUCCGACCCGGAGCCGGAGCCCGACCCCGACGCGCAGGCCAAGGCCUACGUGGCCCGCGUGCUCAGUCCGCCGAAAAUGGGACUGGCGCCCCCGCGCGCCCCUCUGUUGUCCGCGCCUGCCGGAUCCCCUGGCACCCUGGAGCCGCUGGCAGCACUCAAGGGCCAGGCCGUGGGAGUCCCGGGCCUGCUGAGCCUUCCCCCGGAGCUGCUGCUCGAGAUCUGCGCCUACUUGGACGCGCGCCUCGUGCUCCACGUUUUGCCGCGCGUGUGCCACACGCUGCGCAACCUCGUGCGUGACCGUGUCACCUGGCGGCUACGCGCACAACGCCGUGUACGCGCGCCCUACCCUGUGGUGGAAGAGGAGGACUUUGAUUGGCCGGCAGCCUGCAUUGAGCUGGAGCAGCACCUGUCGCACUGGGCAGAGGAUGGGCGCCGGGUUGAGUACUUCUGCUUGGCUGAUGGGCACUUUGCUUCUAUUGACUCAGUGCUGCUGCUCCAGGGUGGGACACUGUGUCUGUCGGGCUCUCGAGAUCGCAACGUCAACCUGUGGGACUUGCGGCAGCUCGGGGUGGAGCCCAGCCAGGCCCUGGUCAAAGCCCUGGGCACUCAGAACAGCACCCACAAGGGCUGGGUGUGGUCACUGGCGGCGCUGGACCACCGAGUGUGCUCCGGUUCUUGGGACAGCACGGUGAAGCUCUGGGACAUGGCAGCUGAUGGGCAGCAGUUUGGCGAGAUAAAGGGCAAGGCAGCAGUGCUGUGUCUGUCCUACCGGCCUGACAUCCUUGUUACUGGCACCUACGACAAGAAGGUGACUGUCUACGACCCCAGAGUCGGCCCGGCCCUGCUGAAGAGCCGGCGGCUGCACUCGAGUGCGGUGCUGGCGCUGCUGGCAGACGACCGGCACAUCAUCUCGGGCAGUGAGGACCACACGCUCGUAGUGUUUGACCGCCGGGCCAACAGCGUCCUGCAGCGGCUGCAGCUGGACUCCUACCUGCUCUGCAUGUCCUACCAGAGGCCCCAGCUCUGGGCUGGCGACAACCAGGGCCUGGUGCAUGUCUUUGCCAACCGCGAUGGCUGCUUCCAGCUUGUCCGGUCCUUUGACGUGGGCCACAGGUCUCAGAUCACAGGGAUCAAACACUCACUGGGGGCCUUGUACACCACAUCCACCGACAAGACCAUCCGGGUGCAUGUGCCCACAGACCCACCAAGGACCAUCUGCACCCGAAGCCACCACAACGUGCUGAAUGGGGCCCUGGGCACAAGGAGUCCAGGCCCAGGGGAGGUGAGGUUGGUGUCCACCCACCUGCCCACCCAGGGCUGCUCCCCACCCUUGGGCACUGUUUCUAUUGUGAUUAGGAUGCCAGCUGUCCCUGAAGAGCGAAAGAGAAGUAAACAUUCUGUGCUGGUGCUUCAGCCUGGACUUUGGGCUCAUUGUCACCCGAGCUCUGCCUCACCUGCUUGGAGCUGGGGCAUGUCUCUGAGGGCGUGAAAGCCUCAGUGGCAGCUGCUGUUGUGUGUCUGGGCAUGUGUGCUCGCUGAGUGCGUUUCUGGGAUCGUGUGUCUGCGUGUCCCUGGGGAGGCGGUCUGGCUGGGUGUGUGGUGACGGUAACCCUGCCUGUGCAUGUCUGAAUGCCGCUGGGUGUGGGUGUGUGCAAGAAAGAGGGAGGCUCUUAAGGACCUGGGCACGUUGGUACAAUGACACCUCUGUAUGUGUGUGACAUGUGUGCUGUGUGUUGGCAUGUAGACUGGGACUCUGCCCUGGCUGUGUUUGUGCAGUGGGACAGGGCACUGGCUAAUGCAGAAGUGCGUGCUCUUCUAUCCAGGAUCCGGGAGGUCUGUGCU